AUGAGUGAAACGUCGCAGAAGAUUACACUUACAGGUAGUCUUCGCAGGAUGUUUAAGCAAAGUACAACCGCCCUAACAAUUCGACAUAUAAAAGAUGUACGUCUUUUGUGUGGGAUUUCUGAACUUCUUGCGACCGGGAAAUGUAGGAAAAUAUACCUGUAUGAGACCCACGACCCGGAAAUCGUUCUCUAUGUUUUGUCUGCAAUAUCCACCGUAAGAAAUGUUCUUUCAAGACUCCACAUUGAUAUCUGGAACACAGACUACAAGAAGCUCAUUAACCUGUUGUCGGAAUCACUAAACGCCCAGAGUGAAACACUUGAACACCUUACGAUAAAGUGCAGAUUCCCAAACGAAUACCUAACGCAAGCAAUACAAAUUCUUCCAAAUAAACUUAAAGUACUAGAUUUAUCAGAAAAUAGAGUAUUAAUUUGUUACUUUAGAAUAACAACCAAGGCAUCUAUGGUUGCAUUGGUAUCGUAUAUAGAAACGAGCGAACUAGAGUGCGUCAGGCUUGUAAACUGUAACAUUAAGCCUGAGACCCUCGGAUAUUUUGUAAAUUUAAUGUUUGAAAUUGAAAGUCCAUUCUCACUAAGAACCAUUGAAGGAGUUGAUCUGUCUGAGUGUAAAGAGAUACCAAAGAAUGUUCGAUUGUGCCUAAAGGAACCAGCUUGUGUUACGAGAAAACGACAAAUGAAUUAUAAAGACUAUUCUAAAAUAUCGCGAUAUGACACAUCAGUCCAGUUUAUAGAUCAUUUAAGGAAUGCAAUAUUCAUGAAAAGAUUGGUAGGAUUGAUUGUAAGGGUAUGGUGGCCUCCCACGGAAGAUGAUAACAGAACGGCAUUUUCAGGACGUUUUUGGCCUGCAAAAGUUCUAAUGGUGAACCCAAUUGACCUUGUUGUUGUGGUUUUAUAUGAUAAUGACGAGGUUGACCACGUGCCCUGCAAAUUUGUCCAGCCGUUGAACCCAUUCAAGUAUGGUGGUGGAUAUACUGAUAACUACUCAUACCAUUUAUUAGGAUCAACACAUCCCAGAACAAACUCCAAGUCCAAUGAAUUUAAAACACACAAUGAAAUUCUAAAUUUUAAACAUAAAAAUAGCUAUGAUAACUCCUUUGGAGAAACUGAUAGGGAGUCUAAUGUGGAUUCCUCAGAUUUACUAAAGACACCCGAAACCCUUAACACAGACCACUAUAAAACUAACAUAAAUAAUAUUGUAAAACGUAGCUCAAUUUCAGGCUACUCAGUUAGUAGCGUAACCACACGAUAUGAGGAGGGGUUUUUAUGUAGAAACUGUGGAUACAACAAUAACCCUGAUUACGCCAUUAACCAUGACGUUAAUCUUGACUCAGUGGAGAAGAGUCUGGGGCUGGAUGACAAGUUCGGAGGUAAUCUACUGGUGCCUGGUGAGUUCUGUGAGUUCAGAGACCCUCUGGACAAGUUCAGAAAUGACCCAUCAGACUACAUUGCAGUGGUCAGAAAAGUAAAUAAAACUGAGCCACUGUAUGAGUGUGUUUGUAUUUACCUCGACAAUAAUGAGGUGAUAACACUCCACAGUAACGAUGUUAGAAGAGCUGUGGUCAUUCCCUGGUAUAACUGGGUGAGCUUAUCAUUUAAAAUACUCACUGAUCGACGCAUAAAUAAUGAUGGAUUAACUCCCAAUAGAUAUCAACUUGGCGACCCCAACUCUGGCAUUAACACCCUAAACAAUAACAUUGUAAACUCUAACAACAUAAAAGAAUGUAUUAAUAGCAAUUUUUACUAUUUGAAACGGUUAGAUUUGGCUGAAUUGGAUGAAUUUUGCCCUAAAAACCCUCUGGAAAUGAAGCUUGUUGAUAUGAACUCUUACCUGAUUCCAAUUACUCAGGAAGUUAAAUCACACCCAAAACUGACUAGUAACCAAAAAUGUUAUAGAAAUCAUUUUAUAGUUGACGUUAGCUCUGGAAAAGAUGAGGAAACUUUGAAGAUAAAAUCUUUGAUGGAGUACAACGAGACUUUGCAGAGGGAACUUCAGGCUGAGCGGAACAAGAACAACGAACUUCAGUCAAAGUUCAAGUGUAUUUUAUGUUUUGAAACGGAAAUUAACUGUAUGCUUGAUCCUUGUUCACAUUUCAGCUUCUGUCACGAGUAUGUUUUCUUAUUUAAAAAAUUCUCUAGAUGCGCUAAGAAUCUCAAAAACUGUCCAGUUUGCAGACAAAAAAUAAGCAAAUUCAAGAUAUUAAACCUCACAUAA